CAGGUUAUUGUGGUAUUCGGUGGUCUCAAUCUCCAGGCACAUACAGUUUCUCGGUGACUAACAAUACGUUCGACAACGUAGAGGAUGGUACGAUUGCAACACCGAACGCCGAAAUAUUCGGAGCGAACUGCACAACAGAUUUUGUUGUUAUUCCAGCUCCCCGCUUCGUUAACGGAACGGCGACAAACACCGAUCGAUUUUGCGGAAACGGAUUUGCACCAGUUAUCAGUAGCAGCAAGCCGUUUGUGCUCUCUGUGGUAACGAACAGCAAUGAAAUCAAUGAUACAGGUAAUGCUGGAUUUUCUUUAGAUUUUGCUCAACAGAGAUGCUCCAAUUCUAUGCUUA